AUGGCACCGUCACUCAGUCCUUGCGGUGGCAAGGUGGAAGAGGCCACAGGGCCAUGGCUUGGUGCGGCUGUGAGUGGUACGGCAAUUCCAGCCGCUAUUUGGUGGUUGACGGAGGUGAUUUGCGGCUGCAAGGAGCUGUCCAAACUGUUUAGUGGUUGUCUGGUUGCUACAGCAGCUAUUUGGAGAGGUUGUGGGGCCUCCGAAUGUGGUUGGAUGACAUGGGCAGCCGUAGGGGGUAAUAGAGCGGGUUGCAAUCCGUCUCCACAACAUUAA